AAGAGCUGCCUCAAGAGCUCGGGUCGCCAGGACCGCUCCGUCCGGUUUGCCGAUGCCGCCCGCUGCCUGGAAUCGGGGGCCGUGGUCGAGCCACACCCCACGACGCGCGACGAAUGGAUGGACGAGCUCCUCGAUGCGCGGAUCGACGAAGCCGACAGCAGCGGGAGAUCGACGCCGGAAAGGAUCGAAGCCAUCGAAGCCGUGGUGCACCCCAGGGUCCGAGAACUCGUCAGGUGGCAAAGCCGCAAGAGAGUCCACCGCCUGCUCCUCCCGGCCGACUUCGACAGAGAGUCCCUCGAGGCCUACGCCUGGCGCCUGCUGUUCCAACGCGCCCACAAGCACAUGCUGCGGAACAGGGCCGACUGCCCGAUCCGGAGUCGACUCGAGCGCCACAAGCACCCCGCGCUUUCAACGAGGCCGGAUCCGGAG